AUGGACAAACUUCGAGCUGCAAUCCUGAUUGUCUCCGACACAGCCUCGGCGAACCCCGCAUCCGACAAGGUUGUCGAUGCUUUGACGCCCAUCUUUGCUGCUGAGGGCAAGUGGGAACCCCCCGCAUUCAGGAUCGUCCCGGAUAACGUGGACCAGAUCCAGCAGUGCGUCUGCGAGUGGGCUGAUGGCCCCAAUUGGUAUAACCUCAUUUUGCUCAGCGGAGGAACAGGAUUCGCAAUCAAGGAUAACACCCCGGAGGCAGUGUACCCCCUGAUUCAACGCCAUGCCCCCGGAUUAGUGCACGGCAUGAUUGCUGCCUCCUUGAAAGUGACUCCCUUUGCUAUGAUGGCCAGACCAGUUGCAGGUGUUCGUGAGAAAUCUUUGAUUAUUACUCUACCCGGAUCCCCAAAAGGAGCAAUGGAAAACCUUGACGCCGUUGUGAAGCUGUUGCCACAUGCCUGCACGCAGGCUGCUGGUGCCAAUUCACGGACCCUCCAUGCUGGAGGCACGGCAAAGCUGGAAUCAGAGGCAGGUGUCAGUGUUCAAAAGAACAAGCCUCAGCACCAGCACCACCACCAUCAUCAUGGCCAUGAUCACGGUCACGGACACAAGGUCCCAAAGGCACAUACAUCGCCUUCAGAAAGACCUCAGUCCAAUGACCCCAACGCAGGCCCUAACCGGCGCUACCGGUCCUCUCCAUAUCCAAUGCUGUCUGUAGAUGAAGCACUACGCCGAAUCAACGAGCAGACCCCCGACCCAGAGGUCAUCGAAGUCCCAGUGACAACCUCCUUAAUCGGCUCGGUCAUUGCCGAAGACGUAUACGCCGCUGAGGCUGUCCCAGCAUACCGAGCUAGUAUCGUGGAUGGCUAUGCCAUCAUUGCACCAGACUCUAACAGCACCGGCCCGUCCACAAAGGGCGUCUUCCCUGUAGCCUCAAUCACACAUGCCAAUGUCGGUGGAAACCUAGAGCCACUGCAACCAGGCACCAUCGCUAGAAUCACCACUGGUGCCCCUCUCCCCCCGAACGCAAAUGCUGUAGUUAUGGUCGAAGACACUACCCUGGACACUUGCACACCAGACGGCAAAGAAGAAGCAACCGUCGAAAUCCUCACCGACGACGUCGAGCCCGGCGAGAACGUCCGCGAACCCGGCAGCGACGUCUCACUAGGCUCGAAGAUCCUUGCCAGAGGCGAUCUAAUCACCCCAGUAGGUGGAGAGAUCGGCCUUCUAGCCUCAACAGGCACGAAGACCAUCAAAGUCUUCCGCAAACCACGCGUAGGCGUCCUAAGCACAGGCGACGAGCUGGUCGAACACAACGAUACUCGCCCCCUAACAGGCGGCCAAAUUCGAGACUCAAACCGCCCAUCUCUUAUCUCCUGCCUAACAUCAUGGGGAUUCGAAACCAUUGAUCUAGGAAUCGCCCGCGACACCCCAGCUAGUGAACUAGAAGUUGCACUCCGCGACUCCCUGCGCGGCGUAGGCCGCGCCUCAGCAAGCGUCGACGUGAUAGUUACAACAGGCGGCGUCUCAAUGGGCGAGCUGGAUCUCCUCAAACCGACCAUCGAACGUUCCCUCGGCGGCACAAUCCAUUUCGGCCGCGUCUCCAUGAAACCGGGCAAACCAACUACCUUCGCGACAGUCCCCUUCAAACCAACCGGCGAUGCAGACACAGCCCAAUCUGAACGCCAGUCAAGACUCAUCUUCUCACUCCCUGGAAACCCGGCCUCCGCCCUCGUCACUCUCAACCUCUUCGUCCUGCCUUCGUUGCACAAACUCACGGGCCUAGGUCAUAGUUCUCAAGCUCUUAGCUCGAGACCAUGGCUCGCACCACAGCUUGGUCUGCCGCGCGUGGCUGUUGUCUUGACGCAUCAUUUUCCGCUUGAUCCUAAGCGUACGGAAUAUCAUCGUGCUGUUGUGACCGCAUCGCGAUCUGAUGGGCGGCUGUAUGCGACUAGUACUGGGGUUGAGGGGGCUGGGCAGCGGAGCUCCAAGGUUGGUAGUCUGGCUAAGGCUAAUGCUUUGGUGGUUUUGCGUGCUGGGAGGGGUGUUGGGAUUAAGGGGGAGAUUGUGGAGGCUUUGUUGAUGGGUGAUGUGCAUGGUUCUGAUACUAGGUUGAUUUGUUAG